UACCAACGCUCUACGAAUACAUGAUUGAAAUUGAGCUGAACACCACAGACGUUACAGUGAUAGAUCAACUGAGAGCCAUUCUGAGAAAUGCUAGUUACCCUGUUAGAAUCAAUAAUCUGAUACAAAUCACUGGUAUCAACAUCUCUACAGUUUGCUACCCAAAUGGUACUGGAUUCCAGUGCAGAUGUGAGGACCAAUAUCGUUGGUCAUGUGACCAGUGUCUCUCUUAUGGGAAAUGUGAUGACAUCACAUCUGACACGUGUGGAUGUAUCAAUGCCAUUCCUAAAGAUGGACAGUACUGCCAGUCGGUUCACAAACAAAACUUUACCGCAUGUCCAACAACAACAGCCUCUCCUACAACAGUUUCAACAGUACUACCAACGCUCUACGAAUACAUGAUUGAAAUUGAGCUGAACACCACAGACGUUACAGUGAUAGAUCAACUGAGAGCCAUUCUGAGAAAUGCUAGUUACCCUGUUAGAAUCAAUAAUCUGAUACAAAUCACUGGUAUCAACAUCUCUACAGUUUGCUACCCAAAUGGUACUGGAUUUCAGUGCAGAUGUGAGGACCAAUAUCGUUGGUCAUGUGACCAGUGUGUCUCUUAUGGGAAAUGUGAUGACAUCAUAUCUGACACGUGUGGAUGUAUCAAUGCCAUUCCUCCAGAUGGACAGUACUGCCAGUCGGUUCACAACCAAAUUUCAACAGUACCACCAACUCUCUACGAAUACAUGAUUGAAAUUGAGCUGAACACCACAGACGUUACAGUGAUAGAUCAACUGAGCGCCAUACUGAGAAAUGCUAGUUACCCUGUCAGAAUCAAUAAUCUGAUACAAAUCACUGGUAUCAACAUCUCUACAGUUUGCUACCCAAAUGGUACUGGAUUCCAGUGCAGAUGUGAGGACCAAUAUCGUUGGUCAUGUGACCAGUGUCUCUCUUAUGGGAAAUGUGAUGACAUCACAUCUGACACGUGUGGAUGUAUCAAUGCCAUUCCUAAAGAUGGACAACUUUACCGCAUGUCCAACAACAACAGCCUCUCCUACAACAGACUUUACCGCAUGUCCAACAACAACAGCCUCUCCUACAACAGACUUUACCGCAUGUCCAACAACAACAGCCUCUCCUACAACAGACUUUACCGCAUGUCCAACAACAACAGCCUCUCCUACAACAGAUGUGAGGACCAAUAUCGUUGGUCAUGUGACCAGUGUGUCUCUUAUGGGAAAUGUGAUGACAUCAUAUCUGACACGUGUGGAUGUAUCAAUGCCAUUCCUCCAGAUGGACAGUACUGCCAGUUGGUUCACAACCAAAUUUCAACAGUACCACCAACUCUCUACGAAUACAUGAUUGAAAUUGAGCUGAACACCACAGACGUUACAGUGAUAGAUCAACUGAGCGCCAUUCUGAGAAAUGCUAGUUACCCUGUCAGAAUCAAUAAUCUGAUACAAAUCACUGGUAUCAACAUCUCUACAGUUUGCUACCCAAAUGGUACUGGAUUCCAGUGCAGAUGUGAGGACCAAUAUCGUUGGUCAUGUGACCAGUGUGUCUCUUAUGGGAAAUGUGAUGACAUCACAUCUGACACGUGUGGAUGUAUCAAUGCCAUUCCUAAAGAUGGACAGUACUGCCAGUCGGUUCACAAACAAAUUUCAACAGUACCACCAACUCUCUACGAAUACAUGAUUGAAAUUGAGCUGAACACCACAGACGUUACAGUGAUAGAUCAACUGAGCGCCAUACUGAGAAAUGCUAGUUACCCUGUCAGAAUCAAUAAUCUGAUACAAAUCACUGGUAUCAACAUCUCUACAGUUUGCUACCCAAAUGGUACUGGAUUCCAGUGCAGAUGUGAGGACCAAUAUCGUUGGUCAUGUGACCAGUGUGUCUCUUAUGGGAAAUGUGAUGACAUCACAUAUGACACGUGUGGAUGUAUCAAUGCCAUUCCUCCAGAUGGACAGUACUGCCAGUCGGUUCACAACCAAAGGAUCCAUCGCUCCCAUGUUGACAUUGCUGAGAUGGCCUCUUUUAUUCUCUUGUCCAAGAGGGCGAGUGGUCCUCUCCUUUUUGAGCUGCUGGACCGACUUCCCCAGGACAUCUUCCGCCAUCUUGACUUCCUCUGCGUCAACAGCUUAUUUCUGGAUCUGAAGCCGUUUAUCCUCAGGGCCAGGCCGCUCCGCGUGGUUUACAACUUUUCAACAGUACCACCAACUCUCUACGAAUACAUGAUUGAAAUUGAGCUGAGCACCACAGACGUUACAGUGAUAGAUCAACUGAGAGCCAUUCUGAGAAAUGCUAGUUACCCUGUCAGAAUCAAUAAUCUGAUACAAAUCACUGGUAUCAACAUCUCUACAGUUUGCUACCCAAAUGGUACUGGAUUCCAGUGCAGAUGUGAGGACCAAUAUCGUUGGUCAUGUGACCAGUGUGUCUCUUAUGGGAAAUGUGAUGACAUCACAUCUGACACGUGUGGAUGUAUCAAUGCAAUUCCUCCAGAUGGACAGUACUGCCAGUUGGUUCACAACCAAAUUUCAACAGUACCACCAACUCUCUACGAAUACAUGAUUGAAAUUAAGCUGAACACCACAGACAUUACAGUGAUAGAUCAACUGAGAGCCAUACUGAGAAAUGCUAGUUACCCUGUCAGAAUCAAUAAUCUGAUACAAAUCACUGGUAUCAACAUCUCUACAGUUUGCUACCCAAAUGGUACUGGAUUCCAGUGCAGAUGUGAGGACCAAUAUCGUUGGUCAUGUGACCAGUGUGUCUCUUAUGGGAAAUGUGAUGACAUCACAUCUGACACGUGUGGAUGUAUCAAUGCCAUUCCUCCAGAUGGACAGUACUGCCAGUCGGUUCACAACCAAAUUUCAACAGUACCACCAACUCUCUACGAAUACAUGAUUGAAAUUAAGCUGAACACCACAGACAUUACAGUGAUAGAUCAACUGAGAGCCAUACUGAGAAAUGCUAGUUACCCUGUCAGAAUCAAUAAUCUGAUACAAAUCACUGGUAUCAACAUCUCUACAGUUUGCUACCCAAAUGGUACUGGAUUCCAGUGCAGAUGUGAGGACCAAUAUCGUUGGUCAUGUGACCAGUGUGUCUCUUAUGGGAAAUGUGAUGACAUCACAUCUGACACGUGUGGAUGUAUCAAUGCCAUUCCUCCAGAUGGACAGUACUGCCAGUCGGUUCACAACCAAAUUUCAACAGUACCACCAACUCUCUACGAAUACAUGAUUGAAAUUAAGCUGAACACCACAGACAUUACAGUGAUAGAUCAACUGAGAGCCAUACUGAGAAAUAAUAGUUACCCUGUCAGAAUCGAUAAUCUGAUACAAAUCACUGGUAUCAACAUCUCUACAGUUUGCUACCCAAAUGGUACUGGAUUCCAGUGCAGAUGUGAGGACCAAUAUCGUUGGUCAUGUGACCAAUGUGUCUCUUAUGGGAAAUGUGAUGACAUCACAUCUGACACGUGUGGAUGUAUCAAUGCAAUUCCUCCAGAUGGACAGUACUGCCAGUUGGUUCACAACCAAAUUUCAACAUUACCACCAACUCUCUACGAAUACAUUAUUGAAAUUAAGCUGAACACCACAGACAUUACAGUGAUAGAUCAACUGAGAGCCAUACUGAGAAAUAAUAGUUACCCUGUCAGAAUCGAUAAUCUGAUACAAAUCACUGGUAUCAACAUCUCUACAGUUUGCUACCCAAAUGGUACUGGAUUCCAGUGCAGAUGUGAGGACCAAUAUCGUUGGUCAUGUGACCAAUGUGUCUCUUAUGGGAAAUGUGAUGACAUCACAUCUGACACGUGUGGAUGUAUCAAUGCCAUUCCUCCAGAUGGACAGUACUGCCAGUCGGUUCACAACCAAAUUUCAACAGUACCACCAACUCUCUACGAAUACAUGAUUGAAAUUAAGCUGAACACCACAGACAUUACAGUGAUAGAUCAACUGAGAGCCAUACUGAGAAAUAAUAGUUACCCUGUCAGAAUCGAUAAUCUGAUACAAAUCACUGGUAUCAACAUCUCUACAGUUUGCUACCCAAAUGGUACUGGAUUCCAGUGCAGAUGUGAGGACCAAUAUCGUUGGUCAUGUGACCAGUGUGUCUCUUAUGGGAAAUGUGAUGACAUCACAUCUGACACGUGUGGAUGUAUCAAUGCCAUUCCUCCAGAUGGACAGUACUGCCAGUCGGUUCACAACCAAAUACCACCAACUCUCUACGAAUACAUGAUUGAAAUUGAGCUGAGCACCACAGACGUUACAGUGAUAGGUCAACUGAGAGCCAUUCUGAGAAAUGCUAGUUACCCUGUCAGAAUCAAUAAUCUGAUACAAAUCACUGGUAUCAACAUCUCUACAGUUUGCUACCCAAAUGGUACUGGAUUCCAGUGCAGAUGCGAGGACCAAUAUCGUUGGUCAUGUGACCAGUGUGUCUCUUAUGGGAAAUGUGAUGACAUCACAUCUGACACGUGUGGAUGUAUCAAUGCAAUUCCUCCAGAUGGACAGUACUGCCAGUCGGUUCACAACCAAAACUUUACCGCAUGUCCAACAACAACAGCCUCUCCUACAACAGUUUCAACAGUACCACCAACUCUCUACGAAUACAUGAUUGAAAUUGAGCUGAACACCACAGACGUUACAGUGAUAGAUCAACUGAGAGCCAUACUGAGAAAUGCUAGUUACCCUGUCAGAAUCAAUAAUCUGAUACAAAUCACUGGUAUCAACAUCUCUACAGUUUGCUACCCAAAUGGUACUGGAUUCCAGUGCAGAUGCGAGGACCAAUAUCGUUGGUCAUGUGACCAGUGUGUCUCUUAUGGGAAAUGUGAUGACAUCACAUCUGACACGUGUGGAUGUAUCAAUGCAAUUCCUCCAGAUGGACAGUACUGCCAGUCGGUUCACAACCAAAACUUUACCGCAUGUCCAACAACAACAGCCUCUCCUACAACAGUUUCAACAGUACCACCAACUCUCUACGAAUACAUGAUUGAAAUUGAGCUGAACACCACAGACUUUACAGUGAUAGAUCAACUGAGAGCCAUACUGAGAAAUGCUAGUUACCCUGUCAGAAUCAAUAAUCUGAUACAAAUCACUGGUAUCAACAUCUCUACAGUUUGCUACCCAAAUGGUACUGGAUUCCAGUGCAGAUGCGAGGACCAAUAUCGUUGGUCAUGUGACCAGUGUGUCUCUUAUGGGAAAUGUGAUGACAUCACAUCUGACACGUGUGGAUGUAUCAAUGCCAUUCCUCCAGAUGGACAGUACUGCCAGUCGGUUCACAACCAAAACUUUACCGCAUGUCCAACAACAACAGCCUCUCCUACAACAGUUUCAACCGUACCACCAACUCUCUACGAAUACAUGAUUGAAAUUGAGCUGAACACCACAGACUUUACAGUGAUAGAUCAACUGAGAGCCAUACUGAGAAAUGCUAGUUACCCUGUCAGAAUCAAUAAUCUGAUACAAAUCACUGGUAUCAACAUCUCUACAGUUUGCUACCCAAAUGGUACUGGAUUCCAGUGCAGAUGUGAGGACCAAUAUCGUUGGUCAUGUGACCAGUGUGUCUCUUAUGGGAAAUGUGAUGACAUCACAUCUGACACGUGUGGAUGUAUCAAUGCCAUUCCUCCAGAUGGACAGUACUGCCAGUCGGUUCACAACCAAAACUUUACCGCAUGUCCAACAACAACAGCCUCUCCUACAACAGUUUCAACAGUACCACCAACUCUCUACGAAUACAUGAUUGAAAUUGAGCUGAGCACCACAGACGUUACAGUGAUAGAUCAACUGAGAGCCAUUCUGAGAAAUGCUAGUUACCCUGUCAGAAUCAAUAAUCUGAUACAAAUCACUGGUAUCAACAUCUCUACAGUUUGCUACCCAAAUGGUACUAGAUUCCAGUGCAGAUGUGAGGACCAAUAUCGUUGGUCAUGUGACCAGUGUGUCUCUUAUGGGAAAUGUGAUGACAUCACAUCUGACACGUGUGGAUGUAUCAAUGCCAUUCCUCCAGAUGGACAGUACUGCCAGUCGGUUCACAACCAAAACUUUACCGCAUGUCCAACAACAACAGCCUCUCCUACAACAGUUUCAACCGUACCACCAACUCUCUACGAAUACAUGAUUGAAAUUGAGCUGAACACCACAGACGUUACAGUGAUAGAUCAACUGAGAGCCAUACUGAGAAAUGCUAGUUACCCUGUCAGAAUCAAUAAUCUGAUACAAAUCACUGGUAUCAACAUCUCUACAGUUUGCUACCCAAAUGGUACUAGAUUCCAGUGCAGAUGUGAGGACCAAUAUCGUUGGUCAUGUGACCAGUGUGUCUCUUAUGGGAAAUGUGAUGACAUCACAUCUGACACGUGUGGAUGUAUCAAUGCAAUUCCUCCAGAUGGACAGUACUGCCAGUCGGUUCACAACCAAAACUUUACCGCAUGUCCAACAACAACAGCCUCUCCUACAACAGUUUCAACAGUACCACCAACUCUCUACGAAUACAUGAUUGAAAUUGAGCUGAACACCACAGACUUUACAGUGAUAGAUCAACUGAGAGCCAUACUGAGAAAUGCUAGUUACCCUGUCAGAAUCAAUAAUCUGAUACAAAUCACUGGUAUCAACAUCUCUACAGUUUGCUACCCAAAUGGUACUGGAUUCCAGUGCAGAUGUGAGGACCAAUAUCGUUGGUCAUGUGACCAGUGUGUCUCUUAUGGGAAAUGUGAUGACAUCACAUCUGACACGUGUGGAUGUAUCAAUGCCAUUCCUCCAGAUGGACAGUACUGCCAGUCGGUUCACAACCAAAACUUUACCGCAUGUCCAACAACAACAGCCUCUCCUACAACAGUUUCAACAGUACCACCAACUCUCUACGAAUACAUGAUUGAAAUUGAGCUGAACACCACAGACGUUACAGUGAUAGAUCAACUGAGAGCCAUACUGAGAAAUGCUAGUUACCCUGUCAGAAUCAAUAAUCUGAUACAAAUCACUGGUAUCAACAUCUCUACAGUUUGCUACCCAAAUGGUACUAGAUUCCAGUGCAGAUGUGAGGACCAAUAUCGUUGGUCAUGUGACCAGUGUGUCUCUUAUGGGAAAUGUGAUGACAUCACAUCUGACACGUGUGGAUGUAUCAAUGCCAUUCCUCCAGAUGGACAGUACUGCCAGUCGGUUCACAACCAAAACUUUACCGCAUGUCCAACAACAACAGCCUCUCCUACAACAGUUUCAACCGUACCACCAACUCUCUACGAAUACAUGAUUGAAAUUGAGCUGAACACCACAGACAUUACAGUGAUAGAUCAACUGAGAGCCAUACUGAGAAAUGCUAGUUACCCUGUCAGAAUCAAUAAUCUGAUACAAAUCACUGGUAUCAACAUCUCUACAGUUUGCUACCCAAAUGGUACUGGAUUCCAGUGCAGAUGUGAGGACCAAUAUCGUUGGUCAUGUGACCAGUGUGUCUCUUAUGGGAAAUGUGAUGACAUCACAUCUGACACGUGUGGAUGUAUCAAUGCAAUUCCUCCAGAUGGACAGUACUGCCAGUCGGUUCACAACCAAAACUUUACCGCAUGUCCAACAACAACAGCCUCUCCUACAACAGUUUCAACAGUACCACCAACUCUCUACGAAUACAUGAUUGAAAUUGAGCUGAACACCACAGACUUUACAGUGAUAGAUCAACUGAGAGCCAUACUGAGAAAUGCUAGUUACCCUGUCAGAAUCAAUAAUCUGAUACAAAUCACUGGUAUCAACAUCUCUACAGUUUGCUACCCAAAUGGUACUGGAUUCCAGUGCAGAUGUGAGGACCAAUAUCGUUGGUCAUGUGACCAGUGUGUCUCUUAUGGGAAAUGUGAUGACAUCACAUCUGACACGUGUGGAUGUAUCAAUGCAAUUCCUCCAGAUGGACAGUACUGCCAGUCGGUUCACAACCAAAACUUUACCGCAUGUCCAACAACAACAGCCUCUCCUACAACAGUUUCAACAGUACAACCAACUCUCUACGAAUACAUGAUUGAAAUUGAGCUGAACACCACAGACGUUACAGUGAUAGAUCAACUGAGAGCCAUACUGAGAAAUGCUAGUUACCCUGUCAGAAUCAAUAAUCUGAUACAAAUCACUGGUAUCAACAUCUCUACAGUUUGCUACCCAAAUGGUACUGGAUUCCAGUGCAGAUGUGAGGACCAAUAUCGUUGGUCAUGUGACCAGUGUGUCUCUUAUGGGAAAUGUGAUGACAUCACAUCUGACACGUGUGGAUGUAUCAAUGCCAUUCCUCCAGAUGGACAGUACUGCCAGUCGGUUCACAACCAAAACUUUACCGCAUGUCCAACAACAACAGCCUCUCCUACAACAGUUUCAACAGUACCACCAACUCUCUACGAAUACAUGAUUGAAAUUGAGCUGAGCACCACAGACGUUACAGUGAUAGAUCAACUGAGAGCCAUUCUGAGAAAUGCUAGUUACCCUGUCAGAAUCAAUAAUCUGAUACAAAUCACUGGUAUCAACAUCUCUACAGUUUGCUACCCAAAUGGUACUGGAUUCCAGUGCAGAUGUGAGGACCAAUAUCGUUGGUCAUGUGACCAGUGUGUCUCUUAUGGGAAAUGUGAUGACAUCACAUCUGACACGUGUGGAUGUAUCAAUGCCAUUCCUCCAGAUGGACAGUACUGCCAGUCGGUUCACAACCAAAACUUUACCGCAUGUCCAACAACAACAGCCUCUCCUACAACAGUUUCAACCGUACCACCAACUCUCUACGAAUACAUGAUUGAAAUUGAGCUGAACACCACAGACGUUACAGUGAUAGAUCAACUGAGAGCCAUACUGAGAAAUGCUAGUUACCCUGUCAGAAUCAAUAAUCUGAUACAAAUCACUGGUAUCAACAUCUCUACAGUUUGCUACCCAAAUGGUACUGGAUUCCAGUGCAGAUGUGAGGACCAAUAUCGUUGGUCAUGUGACCAGUGUGUCUCUUAUGGGAAAUGUGAUGACAUCACAUCUGACACGUGUGGAUGUAUCAAUGCAAUUCCUCCAGAUGGACAGUACUGCCAGUCGGUUCACAACCAAAACUUUACCGCAUGUCCAACAACAACAGCCUCUCCUACAACAGUUUCAACCGUACCACCAACUCUCUACGAAUACAUGAUUGAAAUUGAGCUGAACACCACAGACGUUACAGUGAUAGAUCAACUGAGAGCCAUACUGAGAAAUGCUAUUUACCCUGUCAGAAUCAAUAAUCUGAUACAAAUCACUGGUAUCAACAUCUCUACAGUUUGCUACCCAAAUGGUACUGGAUUCCAGUGCAGAUGUGAGGACCAAUAUCGUUGGUCAUGUGACCAGUGUGUCUCUUAUGGGAAAUGUGAUGACAUCACAUCUGACACGUGUGGAUGUAUCAAUGCAAUUCCUCCAGAUGGACAGUACUGCCAGUCGGUUCACAACCAAAACUUUACCGCAUGUCCAACAACAACAGCCUCUCCUACAACAGUUUCAACAGUACCACCUACUCUCUACGAAUACAUGAUUGAAAUUGAGCUGAGCACCACAGACGUUACAGUGAUAGAUCAACUGAGAGCCAUUCUGAGAAAUGCUAGUUACCCUGUCAGAAUCAAUAAUCUGAUACAAAUCACUGGUAUCAACAUCUCUACAGUUUGCUACCCAAAUGGUACUGGAUUCCAGUGCAGAUGUGAGGACCAAUAUCGUUGGUCAUGUGACCAGUGUGUCUCUUAUGGGAAAUGUGAUGACAUCACAUCUGACACGUGUGGAUGUAUCAAUGCCAUUCCUCCAGAUGGACAGUACUGCCAGUCGGUUCACAACCAAAACUUUACCGCAUGUCCAACAACAACAGCCUCUCUUACAACAGUUUCAACAGUACCACCAACUCUCUACGAAUACAUGAUUGAAAUUGAGCUGAACACCACAGACGUUACAGUGAUAGAUCAACUGAGAGCCAUACUGAGAAAUGCUAGUUACCCUGUCAGAAUCAAUAAUCUGAUACAAAUCACUGGUAUCAACAUCUCUACAGUUUGCUACCCAAAUGGUACUGGAUUCCAGUGCAGAUGUGAGGACCAAUAUCGUUGGUCAUGUGACCAGUGUGUCUCUUAUGGGAAAUGUGAUGACAUCACAUCUGACACGUGUGGAUGUAUCAAUGCAAUUCCUCCAGAUGGACAGUACUGCCAGUCGGUUCACAACCAAAACUUUACCGCAUGUCCAACAACAACAGCCUCUCCUACAACAGUUUCAACCGUACCACCAACUCUCUACGAAUACAUGAUUGAAAUUGAGCUGAACACCACAGACGUUACAGUGAUAGAUCAACUGAGAGCCAUACUGAGAAAUGCUAGUUACCCUGUCAGAAUCAAUAAUCUGAUACAAAUCACUGGUAUCAACAUCUCUACAGUUUGCUACCCAAAUGGUACUGGAUUCCAGUGCAGAUGUGAGGACCAAUAUCGUUGGUCAUGUGACCAGUGUGUCUCUUAUGGGAAAUGUGAUGACAUCACAUCUGACACGUGUGGAUGUAUCAAUGCCAUUCCUCCAGAUGGACAGUACUGCCAGUCGGUUCACAACCAAAACUUUACCGCAUGUCCAACAACAACAGCCUCUCCUACAACAGUUUCAACAGUACCACCAACUCUCUACGAAUACAUGAUUGAAAUUGAGCUGAACACCACAGACGUUACAGUGAUAGAUCAACUGAGAGCCAUUCUGAGAAAUGCUAGUUACCCUGUCAGAAUCAAUAAUCUGAUACAAAUCACUGGUAUCAACAUCUCUACAGUUUGCUACCCAAAUGGUACUGGAUUCCAGUGCAGAUGUGAGGACCAAUAUCGUUGGUCAUGUGACCAGUGUGUCUCUUAUGGGAAAUGUGAUGACAUCACAUCUGACACGUGUGGAUGUAUCAAUGCAAUUCCUCCAGAUGGACAGUACUGCCAGUCGGUUCACAACCAAAACUUUACCGCAUGUCCAACAACAACAGCCUCUCUUACAACAGUUUCAACAUUACCACCAACUCUCUACGAAUACAUGAUUGAAAUUGAGCUGAACACCACAGACGUUACAGUGAUAGAUCAACUGAGAGCCAUACUGAGAAAUGCUAGUUACCCUGUCAGAAUCAAUAAUCUGAUACAAAUCACUGGUAUCAACAUCUCUACAGUUUGCUACCCAAAUGGUACUGGAUUCCAGUGCAGAUGUGAGGACCAAUAUCGUUGGUCAUGUGACCAGUGUGUCUCUUAUGGGAAAUGUGAUGACAUCACAUCUGACACGUGUGGAUGUAUCAAUGCGAUUCCUCCAGAUGGACAGUACUGCCAGUCGGUUCACAACCAAAACUUUACCCCAUGUCCAACAACAACAGCCUCUCCUACAACAGUUUCAACAGUACCACCAACUCUCUACGAAUACAUGAUUGAAAUUGAGCUGAACACCACAGACGUUACAGUGAUAGAUCAACUGAGAGCCAUUCUGAGAAAUGCUAGUUACCCUGUCAGAAUCAAUAAUCUGAUACAAAUCACUGGUAUCAACAUCUCUACAGUUUGCUACCCAAAUGGUACUGGAUUCCAGUGCAGAUGUGAGGACCAAUAUCGUUGGUCAUGUGACCAGUGUGUCUCUUAUGGGAAAUGUGAUGACAUCACAUCUGACACGUGUGGAUGUAUCAAUGCAAUUCCUCCAGAUGGACAGUACUGCCAGUCGGUUCACAACCAAAACUUUACCGCAUGUCCAACAACAACAGCCUCUCCUACAACAGUUUCAACAGUACCACCAACUCUCUACGAAUACAUGAUUGAAAUUGAGCUGAGCACCACAGACGUUACAGUGAUAGAUCAACUGAGAGCCAUUCUGAGAAAUGCUAGUUACCCUGUCAGAAUCAAUAAUCUGAUACAAAUCACUGGUAUCAACAUCUCUACAGUUUGCUACCCAAAUGGUACUGGAUUCCAGUGCAGAUGUGAGGACCAAUAUCGUUGGUCAUGUGACCAGUGUGUCUCUUAUGUGAAAUGUGAUGACAUCACAUCUGACACGUGUGGAUGUAUCAAUGCAAUUCCUCCAGAUGGACAGUACUGCCAGUCGGUUCACAACCAAAACUUUACCGCAUGUCCAACAACAACAGCCUCUCCUACAACAGUUUCAACAGUACCACCAACUCUCUACGAAUACAUGAUUGAAAUUGAGCUGAGCACCACAGACGUUACAGUGAUGGAUCAACUGAGAGCCAUUCUGAGAAAUGCUAGUUACCCUGUCAGAAUCAAUAAUCUGAUACAAAUCACUGGUAUCAACAUCUCUACAGUUUGCUACCCAAAUGGUACUGGAUUCCAGUGCAGAUGUGAGGACCAAUAUCGUUGGUCAUGUGACCAGUGUGUCUCUUAUGGGAAAUGUGAUGACAUCACAUCUGACACGUGUGGAUGUAUCAAUGCCAUUCCUCCAGAUGGACAGUACUGCCAGUCGGUUCACAACCAAAACUUUACCGCAUGUCCAACAACAACAGCCUCUCCUACAACAGUUUCAACAGUACCACCAACUCUCUACGAAUACAUGAUUGAAAUUGAGCUGAGCUCCACAGACGUUACAGUGAUAGAUCAACUGAGAGCCAUUCUGAGAAAUGCUAGUUACCCUGUCAGAAUCAAUAAUCUGAUACAAAUCAUUGGUAUCAACAUCUCUACAGUUUGCUACCCAAAUGGUACUGGAUUCCUGUGCAGAUGUGAGGACCAAUAUCGUUGGUCAUGUGACCAGUGUGUCUCUUAUGUGAAAUGUGAUGACAUCACAUCUGACACGUGUGGAUGUAUCAAUGCAAUUCCUCCAGAUGGACAGUACUGCCAGUCGGUUCACAACCAAAACUUUACCGCAUGUCCAACAACAACAGCCUCUCCUACAACAGUUUCAACAGUACCACCAACUCUCUACGAAUACAUGAUUGAAAUUGAGCUGAGCACCACAGACGUUACAGUGAUAGAUCAACUGAGAGCCAUUCUGAGAAAUGCUAGUUACCCUGUCAGAAUCAAUAAUAUGAUACAAAUCACUGGUAUCAACAUCUCUACAGUUUGCUACCCAAAUGGUACUGGAUUCCAGUGCAGAUGUGAGGACCAAUAUCGUUGGUCAUGUGACCAGUGUGUCUCUUAUGGGAAAUGUGAUGACAUCACAUCUGACACGUGUGGAUGUAUCAAUGCCAUUCCUCCAGAUGGACAGUACUGCCACUCGGUUCACAACCAAAACUUUACCGCAUGUCCAACAACAACAGCCUCUCCUACAAAAGUUUCAACAGUACCACCAACUCUCUACGAAUACAUGAUUGAAAUUGAGCUGAACACCACAGACGUUACAGUGAUAGAUCAACUGAGCGCCAUACUGAGAAAUGCUAGUUACCCUGUCAGAAUCAAUAAUAUGAUACAAAUCAGUGGUAUCAACAUCUCUACAGUUUGCUACCCAAAUGGUACUGGAUUCCAGUGCAGAUGUGAGGACCAAUAUCGUUGGUCAUGUGACCAGUGUGUCUCUUAUGGGAAAUGUGAUGACAUCACAUCUGACACAUGUGGAUGUAUCAAUGCCAUUCCUCCAGAUGGACAGUACUGCCAGUCAGUUCACAACCAAAACUAUACCACAUGUCCAACAACAACAGCCUCUCCUACAACAGUUUCAACAGUGCCACCAACUCUCUACGAAUACAUGAUUGAAAUUGAGCUGAACACCACAGACGUUACAGUGAUAGAUCAACUGAGAGCCAUUCUGAGAAAUGCUAGUUACCCUGUCAGAAUCAAUGAUCUGAUACAAAUAACUGGUAUCAACAUCUCUACAGUUUGCUACCCAAAUGGUACUGGAUUCCAGUGCAGAUGUGAGGACCAAUAUCGUUGGUCAUGUGACCAGUGUGUCUCUUAUGGGAAAUGUGAUGACAUCAUAUCUGACACUUGUGGAUGUAUCAAUGCCAUUCCUCCAGAUGGACAGUACUGCCAGUCGGUUCACAACCAAAACUUUACCGCAUGUCCAACAACAACAGCCUCUCCUACAACAGACUAUACAACACCUGAGGCCAGCACUACAGAACAGAGUACUACAGCUGACCCCACAACACAACUGACCACAGUUACCAACUCUACAACACCUGAGGCCAGCACUACAGAACAAAUAAUUACAGCUGAUCCCACAACACAAUUGACCACAGUUACAAAUUCUACAACACCUGAGGCCAGCACUACAGAACAAAUAACUACAGUUGAUCCCACAACACAACUGACCGCAGUUACCAACUCUACAACAACUGCACCCACAACAGGACAAAGUCAUACAGCUGACCCCACAACACAACUGAUCACAGUUACCAACUCUACAACACCUGAGGCCAGCACUACAGAACAGAGUACUACAGCUGACCCCACAACACAACUGACCACAGUUACCAACUCUACAACACCUGAGGCCAGCACUACAGCACAAAGUACUACAGUUGAUCCCACAACACAACUGACCACAGUUACCAACUCUACAAUACCUGAGGCCAGCACUACAGAACAGAGUACUACAGCUGACCCCACAACACAACUCACCACAGUUACCAACUCUACAACACCUGAGACCAGCACUACAGAAAAAAUAACUACAGUUGAUCCCACAACAAAACUGACCGCAGUUACCAACUCUACAACACCUGAGGCCAGCACUACAGAACAGAGUACUACAGCUGACACCACAACACAACUGACCACAGUUACCAACUCUACAACACCUGAGACCAGCACUACAGAAAAAAUAACUACAGUUGAUCCCACAACAAAACUGACCGCAGUUACCAACUCUACAACACCUGAGGCCAGCACUACAGAACAGAGUACUACAGCUGACCCCACAACACAACUGACCACAGUUACCAACUCUACAACACCUGAGACCAGCACUACAGAAAAAAUAACUACAGUUGAUCCCACAACAAAACUGACCGCAGUUACCAACUCUACAACACCUGAGGCCAGCACUACAGAACAGAGUACUACAGCUGACCCCACAACACAACUGACCACAGUUACCAACUCUACUACACAUGCAGCCACAACAAAACAGAUCACUACAGCUGACCCCACAACACAACUAACCACAGUUCUCAACUCUACAACACCUGAGGCCAGCACUACAGCACAAAGUACUACAGUUGAUCCCACAACACAACUGACCGCAGUUACCAACUCUACAACAACUGCACCCACAACAGGACAAAGUCCUACAGCUGACCCCACAACACAACUGACCACAGUUACCAACUCUACAAUACCUGAGGCCAGCACUACAGAACAGAGUACUACAGCUGACCCCACAACACAACUGACCACAGUUACCAACUCUACAACACCUGAGGCCAGCACUACAGCACAAAGUACUACAGUUGAUCCCACAAUACAACUGACCGCAGUUACCAACUCUACAACAACUGCACCCACAAUAGGACAAAGUACUACAACUGACCCCACAACACAACUGACCACAGUUACCAACUCUACAACACCUGAGGCCAGCACUGCAGCGCAAAGUACUACAGCUGACCUCACAACACAACUGACCACAGUUACAAUAACUACUAAAUCAACACCAGCAUUAACUACAAAAACAACACCACCACCACCAACAACAACAACAACAAUAACAACUACUGCAAACCAAGCUGAUAUUCUGUUGUUGGCAAUGUCCUUCAAAAUGAUUGAAGAUUUCACUAGCGACCUAAAUGAUGAAAAUAGUGACAAAUACAAAAAGUACAAAGGCGAUAUUGAACCAGUUAUCCAGGAGCAGUAUAGGAAGAACAUGCCAGGGUUUAUUUCAGCAGCAUUGACAAGUUUCAGCCCUGGAAGUGUUAUAGUCAACUGUGAUGUUAGGACCACAGUUGCAGACCCCACUGCAAUUACCAAUGCUAAUGCUGGAGUUGCAAAAUCACUUCCAGCUGUUUAUCAAGUUGAUGUUAGCUCUUUCAAUAUUAUUUAUAACAGUAACCCAGCAUUAAGUUAUACACCAACUCCCAUUUACUCUGGUGGCACCAUGACCCUGGAGUGUGGACCUCGUCCUGAUACUGUAAAUAUGGGCACUAUUAAAAACGUUGAGUGGAAACGAAAGGGAAGAGUUUUAACAUCGACUGGAAGGUUCACCAUCUAUACAGAUUCCUUGAUAUCACAAAAGACAAAACUUGAUAUCAGAAAUGUAAUUGCUGAUGAUGAUGGGAAAUAUGAAUGCACUCUGAAGAGUGACUUAAUCUAUUUCUACCAAAUGGGUCAAAUUGACAUCAAAGAUGCUCCCGUUAUUCAAACGAUGACAGAAAUCAAUAUCCAAUGUAAGGUGGGGAAAAUUGAGUCACUGGAGUGUUGUGUGCAGACUCCCUAUAAACUCCUGUGGAAAGAAGGGAAUACAGAAUUGGUCACAUAUGAGAGUCCUGGAAAUUGCAUUAAGUAUGACUAUACAAUUCAAAACUGUGAUGGACAAGUCAAAGAAGUCACAUUAACAUGCCAAGUCAAAGACCCAACAGCAUAUGAAAAGACUGCAAAAUUGACUAUUUUCACAGAAGAUAUUGCUUGCCAGGACAAUGAAUAUGGUAGUGGCCGAGUUAAAGACACAUCAGUGGCAGCAUGUGCUGAAGGUGAGGAUGGAAGUAAGACAGCAAUUUGUGAAAGCAAUGGAAAAUGGAGACUUCAGAGUGACACUUGUGUCUUGACUGCAAUCAAUGAGCUACUGACCUCAUCUAAGGAAUUGGAAGAAGCAAUGGUUGAAGGAUUUUUAACAAAACUUAGUGAUACCUCUGGAAAUCUAAAGAGCAAAAUCGUUAAUUCAACUGCAACUAUUUCGACCAUUGUUGAUAUUCUGAGCAUUGUUGCAAAUAUUUCAAAGAAUAUCAGCCAGUCUGAGAUAAAGAACAUUCUAGAAACAGUGAAUGUCCUAGUUUCUGAUGAAGCAAAAGAAUCCUGGACCGUUCUCAAUGCCGACCAAAAUAAAAACACCAGCUCUAGUUUACUGGGCUCCAUGGAAUUGUUUGCAGGUUCUCUCCCAACAAAGUCAUUUAAUGUAACAACAGAGCUAAUUCAGUUAAACCAAGCCACAUUUGACAACUCAUUCAGUGCAGACUUAAAUUCAAGUGUGUUAAUAGAGAUUCCAGAGACUAAUUCCAAUCACCUCACCAUCACCACUCUAACGUUCUCCUCCCUCAAUAAUGUGUUACCUGCCAGGAAUGGCAGCAAUCAAAGUGUCAACGACAACAUCAUCAAUGGAUUUGUAGUGCUGGCGAAGUUGAAUGGAACGACUAACAAUGUCUCAUUGAGCUUCGAUAAGGUGAACAAGUCGCUCACAUUCAAUCCUCAGUGUGUUUUCUGGAACUUCAGCCUUUUUAACAGCCUUGGGGGAUGGGAUGAUAAAGGAUGUAAACUGCAGUCUAAUGAGAAUGGCACUGUCACCUGUCACUGUAACCAUCUGACCUCCUUCUCCAUUUUGAUGUCAACGUCCAUUCCGAAAGAGAUUCAAGACGCUUUGGAUAUAAUCACUUAUGUUGGAGUUGGCAUAUCGAUGGGUAGCUUAGUCAUGUGUCUCAUCAUUGAGGCUUGUGUAUGGAAGGCCAUGACCAGAAACAACACCUCUUACAUGCGCCAUGUCUCCAUAGUGAACAUCGCUGUGUCUCUCCUGAUUGCUGACAUUUGGUUCAUCAUUGGUGCAUCAAUAGUAAAAAAUGACCUUGAAAACCCAGGCGAGGACACCACAACACCUAUACCAGCAUGUACUGCAGCAACGUUUUUCAUUCACUUUUUCUACCUUGCUCUAUUCUUUUGGAUGCUGAUCUCGGGCCUUCUUCUUUUCUACCGGACCAUCAUGGUUUUCUCCCAUAUGUCAAAAUCAACUAUGCUGGCUAUUGGCUUCUCAGUGGGCUAUGGGGCACCUUUUAUCAUUGCUGUUGUUACUGUGGCAGCAACAGCUCCAAGUGAUGGAUACAUCAAGGAAAACCAGGCAUGUUGGCUCAACUGGGACAAGACAAUGGCUCUCCUUGCUUUUGUGAUCCCUGCCCUGACCAUAGUGGUCAUCAACUUUUUGAUCCUGAUUGUGGUUCUGUACAAAAUGCUGAGGAGAGGUGUGGGGGAUGCUAGCCAGCCAAAUGAGAGAAAUGCUGUUGUGGUCAUCGCCAGGUGUCUGGCCAUUCUGACUCCAUUCUUUGGCCUUACCUGGGGACUGGGAGUAGGAACCAUGGUUGAUCCAACAAAUAAGGGAAUCCAUAUUGUGUUUGCCCUCUUCAAUUCACUACAGGGUUUCUUUGUUUUGGUGUUUGGAACACUUUUAGACGGCAAGAUCCGGUCAGCUAUAGCAGGAAGUUUCUCUUCCAUCAUCCCAGGCUCUGACCGUACGAGGAGUACCAAUGGUGGUGCGGCAACAUCAUCAACCAGUGCAUUAAACUUCUUCCGAAGAAGAAUAAGGAGGAAUGCCUACAAUGUUUCGGAAGCUGUAAAUUCUUCCAGCAGCACUGGUGCUACAGAGUCAUUCAUCAACACCUAACUCAAUGCAACCAACCAUCUAGAGACAGCAGUAUGGGUUGAUGUAUUGAGCAGGGCACUGCAACUGUUUGUCAUCUUGUCUACAAACAGAAUGUUUCACUCUGAAAUAUGACUUAAGAUAUAUCAAAGGUAGUACAAGCUGUUCUUCCGCUUGACAAGAAGUGUAGCCUUUGACCUGGACCUGCCAUAAAACAUGUCUUGGUCCAGCACACAAUUCAUCUAUUGAUGUGAAGAUGUUGGACUUUUCUGGAAUAAUGCUGUGAGUUCUAUAGGGGUUUUGUCUGAGAGACUUGCCUCUUUUUUGUUGUACAUGUUUAGGAGUCUAGACACUACUGUGAAUGAUGGACCAGUUUGAACCAAGUUCUGAACAAGACAUAGCACUUUAAAUGAUGUAUGGUAUUGAAGGACUUUUCUUUUUUGUUAUUCAGGUUUCCAAAGGAAGCAAUAUCCAAAUAUAAUAGAUGAUCAGAUAAUUACAGGAACUUAUUAACGUAAAUUAGCUGCAUCGGUGCAGACAAGUGUUAACUGUAUGACAGAGAAUUCGCCUUUUUUUAAAUACAUUUUUACUUAAUUAUGUUAUGGAUUUCCAUGUUGUUGCCAUUACCACUUAUGUGUGUUGUAUUAAAAUGCAUUAUAUGGCUGCUAUUGUCUUUUCUUAUGUGGAGUAAAUGUAAUGGAAUAUUUUAAAUGUGUAUCAUUUAUUGUUGAAGAGGCUUCUACAGUAGAUCAUGUUGGAUACACAAGUAGUAAACAAAGAGUUUUGUCUCGUUGCACCUGUCUCACAGACAGUGUUGCUGCAACUCGAUAGCCAAAGUCUUGGUUCAACCAUCUACCCAAUAAAGAUGCCAUGUUUGCCAUA